AGACGGAAAGACCUAAGAAUCCGUAAGAAUCGUCAUGGAAAAAGUUGGAAAUGUUUACACGGAUUCGCAGGAUGAACAAAAUAUAUUUCCAAGAAUUACUGCAAAAUGGCUUCGAAAUCAUUGUAGAAAGCACGGCUUAUACCAAACUCCUCACUUAAACGAAGUUUUAUAUCUUCAACAUCAAGGAUUCCAAAAUAUAGAAUUGUUGGAGGAAUAUACUGGCAUAAGGUCUCUUUGGCUAGACCAUAAUCGCCUUGCGAAUGUUUCUGGACUGAAUACCAUGACAAAUUUAAAAUGUCUCUUUAUCCGAAAUAAUUAUUUAACCACUUUAAGCGGUAUUGAAUGUUUAAGUCAAUUGGUUAUUUUGGAUGUUUCAAAUAACGAGUUGAAGGAAAUCAAUGAGAUAGAAUUACUCAAAAAUUUGACAACUCUAUACAUCGGAAACAACAAAUUAUCAGAAACAUCAUCCAUUGAACCACUGCCACGGUGUAAAAGCCUGAGCACCCUUGAUUUAUCAAAAAAUAGGUUGAGUGACUACAAAACUAUAUUGAAUCUUCUUAGUAGCAUCAGUCAGUUAUCCGUUUUAUACUUGCUUGGAAACCCUGUUGUCAGGAGCAUCGAUUCCUAUAGACUUCAAAUAACCGUUUGUUGCAAGAAUCUCACAUUUUUAGAUGAAAAACCAAUUCAAGCCAACGAUCGCUUUUGCGCUAAAGCGUGGUUGAAAAGCGGAAUAAAAGGCAUUAGGCAAGAAAAGGCACGACAAAAAGAUGUUGAAGAUUUAGAGAUGAUAAUAUAUGUUUUACGUAAAUUCACCCCACAAGACAACACUGGAAUGGAAAACACUGAAAAUUCAGCCAAUUUAGUAGAUAUUCCGCAAGUCAAAAUAUUAUUUAAUGAAUAAUUUGAUGAAUUAAGACAAAAACUUCAAAUGAAUAAAUUCCCAAGAACAGCCACACCUUGAAGCUUCUUUAACCGAAUUAAAAAUAAAAUCUGUUUUAAUGCAUAUUGA